UGCCAGCCAGCCUCUAUGUUACUCCUCGACGCGUGGCUGCAGUCUGUGGAACCGUGCAUGCGAGCCCCCGCAAACCUGAGCUGCAGGGGUUUUUCAUUACCAGUGAAGUGGAUGUCUCCAAACGACUUGAUUUAAAUGUAGAUUUUUUUUUCCUUCAGUGAAUUAAAAAUUAACUACAUCAUCUAAAAGACAAGAAGCUGGCAGGUCAACUCCAUCUCUGCUGGCUCUGACCACACUGUUUUAGAGAUGUCAACCGAGCUCUGACGGGAAUCAGCCAGGUCUGAAGGCAAAAGCUUUUUUGCGGGAAGUGAAUCCUUACUAUACGGAAAAUUCUGUCUCCAGUUCCAGUUGGUGCUGCUUCAGGAAUAAAUGAUAACCUCAACCAGAAGAGUGUCUCCCGAUAAAUCUGAAGUUAGAAUCGCCUUCAGCCUUGAUGAUGCAUCAGGUGUUAAAGAUGUGGAGGAUCCUUCCCAGACCUUUCCUGAUCUUGAACAGCGCUUACAGCCAGUGCCACCAUGUGCGACUCUGAGGGAGAGUGUCCAGGUGUAUAAGGAACACUGCAGGAUGGCGAGGGAGUUUCACCAGGUCAAACAUGAGAUCGCUGUGCUUGAGGAGCGCAAACAAAAGCUGUUGGCGGAGCUAGUGGAGGAUGAGAAGGUGGCCGUCGAGAUUGCACGUUUGGAAGAGGAGUUUCGGCGUCUCACAGAGGAGAACCACACCUUGGUGACUGUCCAUAAAGAGUGCACUCAACAGCUGGAGAGGCUAUGCCUUACCGGUCGUAUGAGGCAAGACCCCUCGUGACCUCUGACCGCACAGCACCUGAGACCACCAAACAUCCGGCUGACAUCAGGCCUGCAACCAGAAAUAAAAGUUCCACUAAAACCCGCUUUACACAAUGUAUGAAUCAGCUAAUUACACAGAAACACUGAAGCUGGCUUUUAUUUGAGUCUGAGUCACUUGUUCAAACCACAGACGUACACUUAUCAUCAGUUUUCGGUUGUUAUGAUUGUUCUACCACCUGUUGACACAGUGCAACUAGGUACUGUUUUGGAUGUACAGCAUUCGGUCUUCCAGAAUAAGGACCAGCAGUUACGCAAGUUAACAAAAAGUUGUCAGUUCUUAAAUCUGUUUCAGGUUUUGUGGAAACUCUUGUGAAACCAGAGGUGGGGAGAUGUGGUCCAAAUGUUCUGAUCUAAACCUCUUUCCAGUCAAAAAGAUGAGUAAAAAAAACAUUUGGUUGCUUAUUUCAAUAUAUAUGCCCAAAAAUACAGCACUGAACAAGAUGUAUAUUUUUUGAGUGGUAGUAUGAAUCUAAAGAAGAGGAAUUAAAAAAAAACAGUUGCUUUUCUGUUGGAAAUCUUAAAAUAAAAGCAUUUUAUUUACACCAGCA